AUGGCAACGGACCUGAAUCGUAAAAGAAGUGCCACCUCAGGCGCACUGGGCGUCACAAACCCCAACAUAAAACCAACUAACCGCAAACCAGCUAGGGUUUAUAGCGUUUCUUCUGAUAUAGUACCGCAAGCGCUGACACAUCCCGAUGAAGAUGUACACUUGAAAAUAUCUAAAUCUCCUCAUGAUACAGCUCCCAGGUGGUCGCAAGUGGGGUUUCAGUCUAUAUUUCAUGAUGGUUCUAAUGCAAGGCGCUCGACGGAUUCAAUUGAAGAGGAGUACAGUCAAGGCACGGAGAAUAACGAUGGUCAUUCUGAAGUAGGCUCAUCAAGUAGUAAUCGAAUGGAGGGAAACACCACAUCUAAUGAUAGCUUAUUUUCAUCCAACUCAAGGGGCAAUAAAAAGCGACUGUCCAUGUUUACUAAUUCAAAAGAAAAUAUGAGAAAUCGAAGCAGGAGCUGGUCAAAAAACCAUAACACCGUUAUUAACGGUGCGAGUAGUAGCAGCGUAAGUAGGAGUGCCUCUAAGUUGUUUCACACGAAAUCUAAUAUAAGUGUGAACAGUUUGCAAUCUUCGCUGUCAACAGGCCAUUCUCAUUCAAACAAAGGCAAUAAUGUCUUUAGUAAGAUGGCGAAAAAGCUUUUACCCUACAAGCCGCAUAAUUCCAUAGGCAAGGACGACACCGAACCCGCAGUUCCCAGCCCAUUUAGUAAAUUUCUGCAUUCUUCGUAUGGUAAACAUAGGUCGCCCGUACAGUUUAUCCAUACUUCUACUGGAGGUCUGAUUGACUCUGGAAAGUCUGUAUAUUCUUUUAACCCUAGCAUUAACAACAACCCUAAUGACACAGCUCUGUCGCUAAUCCAAGACGAUACCUUCGAUGCAACUAACGUUUCUUUGUUACAUGAUUUACUGAAAAACUUGCCCUCCUUGAUAGCAAAUUAUAAGAGCUUCACCGUACAGGAAUUAUAUGUUUUGGAGGGGAAUAUCUGGGGUAUAUAUUGCAGUAUAGUUGUGGAGCUAUUUAAAAACAAGAGGGUGUGGCAACUGCCAGCCAAAAUUGAAGAUAUUGACCGGUUACUAGAGUUUUAUAUCACUUUGAAAACACAAACCAAGGCAGCCGUUACACACUCGAAAUUUUUGGCAGAAAUCGAGGAGUUUAUUACUACUUCAUUGUACAUUUUAGAGAACCAAAUCGUAUUCAAUUAUGCCAACGAAGACACCGUAAAUACAGCUCUGAAAAGAGUCGGCAUAAUUUGGAAGGUGUUUUACCAACAGGUUUACUACGAUAUGAUGGCAGUGUUGCUGCCCUUCGAGAAAAGUUUUCAGAAAGAUAAUAACUACUGGCUUGACGGAUAUCUACCGGAGCCUUCAAGGUAUGUUCCCUCAAUCGAUGUCCUAUUAUUAAAGUGUUUUAGGGACUCCAUCAUCCUUCCAUAUUACGAAAGCUUCCUACAUACAAAUGACGGUGCCAGUAAGAGUUUUCAAAGGUACAUUUUCAGUGAGGAAGAACAGAACGGUGUCACAGAGGAAGAUAAACUGACAUUACUGCAGUGCUUUGGAAUCCUGAAUACCAUAAAAGGUAAUAGCAGAAACCAAAAAAUUAUUGGCGAACUUCUUGAGGGCAUACGCAUGAGUAUAUAA